UAUCUACGGAUUACUUCUAAAUUUAAAAGAACUAUAGAAGAAGGCCAUUACAAAUAAUCAACACAAUGAAUCGUCUCUCGUGUUUUCUUCUCACUAUUGGAUUGUGCAUAGGUUUGAGUAACGCAAAGUGGAAUGAAAAAAACUCCGUGCACUUUAAGAACUCUCUUGGUCGAAACAAUAUCUUGAAGAUUAAUUGUAUAUCUAACGACGACGAUCUAGGCUUCCACUAUCUACGGCCUGGAGAAACCUAUGAAUUCAGUUUUCAUGACAGUGUUAUUAAAACAGAAUUCUUUUGUGACCUAUGGCAAGGGCCAAAUUUUAAGUUCCAUGCAGGGUUCACCGGAUAUGAAGGUGGUGGUCUUAUAGUUCAUUACGGUAAAAAGAACUUUUGGGAUGCUAGAGAAGAUGGAAUUUACUUCACACAUGGCCAAAAAAUGCCCAAGUUAGAGUAUACGUGGAAAUGAUAACUGAUAAGUUGCUCAUUUUGUUUUAAGUUUAACAAAAAUAAUUUAUUUAUUGUGUAUUGUGGAAAGGAAACCUUUGUAACAAAUAAUAAAAAGCACAUUUAUAAUAUAAAUUUAACUUAUUAUAUAAGUGAAAAACUGUGUAUAAAUAAUAUUGACUUUCUUAACAUUGAAUACCACGAUUUAUACCUAAGCAUGAACUAAUUUAAUACUUGUAUCUACAAGCAUGUGAGAGCAUCAUUAUCACAUGAUUUCUCUAUAGGGUAUUUCAAAUAAUUUACUAAUAAUAUAAUUUAAUUACUUAAGUUAAAUUUUAUUAAAAAAAUAAUUUAUUUUAAAAAUAAAUAAAUCUACUCAUUAAAUGACACAUAAUAUGUGAAUAUUUCAGAAUUUCUGUAAAUAUUCUUCCAGAAGAAAAAACUGACGUUCACUUUCUAAUUUUUCUAUUAUUAUUACUAGGUUAAGAAUCCGUGCAAUAUUGCACAAAAAUCAUUUAUAAAAAUAAUUAUACCACACUUUAUAACUUAUAUUUUAUAUAAAAUAUCUUAAUUUUACUUUUAAAAAAAUUACUGUGUCAUAACGUAGAUUACAAUAUAAACUUGUGUAGAGGUUUGUUCGGAGCCUGGAAAUGCAAUAAAUUUCGUUAAUGUCACUAUUCAAAGUGACUAAAUCACAAACUUUGUUGUCAUGAACCUUGUUUUGACGCAUCUGAUUUUUACUAUGAAUUCGGUGUCACCUUAUCUUAGAUUUCUCUCUACUCUGCUAUCUUUUAUGCUUUGUUGUAUUAUGUUUGUAGAGUUUUGUAUAACUCUCCUUCUAAGUGUAAUCUGAAUGUUUAAUGUUUAGUGAAUGUAGUGCUCUAAAAAAAACUUGAGAGCUAAUAGUUUUGCAUCUAAGCUUUAGAGAAUUCAGAGAUGGUGUUGUGAACAGUUUUUUUAAUUCAAUGAGAAAAGAACUUGUGCACCAGAUAUGCUAUGUAAUCUUUGUAUAUUCCCCUCUCAAAUGGAGCAAGAUUUCCAUUCAUGUAAGUGCGCUAGAAAAUGUGUUUUUAAUAUCAAAGGAAGAAACCUUAGGCAUGGUCAAGCUUCUCAACAAAGCUGAAAGGGAUAGCAGUGCUACAAAGAAGAUUUCAAGCUUUCUUACAUCAUUCGGGCUAAAAAUGUAAUCGAUGUAUUUUAGCUAAGACUGCACGAUUUUUUCAUAGAGAUUUUAUUUUAUUGGUUAUUUUAUUUCGAUCUGUCUUUUCAAACCACCUCUUGUUGAGUAAUAACAUAAUUUUGAUGUCAAACAAAUACAUCAGAAAACGGAACAAGAAGUACAAUUUCUUAGUCCUAUAAAAGAUAAUCGUUUCUUUUACUUAAAGAAGUCGUCCAAAGUAUGGCUGGAAAAAAAAAUCCGAAUCCGAAGAACCGAAACCGAUCCAAAAAAGUAGUACCGAACCCGAACCGAAAUUGAUUAAAUAUCCGAAAAGAUUCAACAUUUUGGUAUCUAGAGAACCAAAACCGAACCCGAUCCGAACCGAAGUAUUUUGGGUACCCGAAAGUAUUACACUUGAAUUCAGAUAUGCAAUCCAAUUUACCCAAAUGAUAACUAAUAGACUGUAAAAACAACAAAACAGAUUAGAUAUAACAUAUAUAAAAUCAUAUGUAUAAUUAAAGAAAUAUAAUAUUAUUAAUAUAAAUGAUGCAUACAAAUUAUAAAUUAAUUUAAAAUUAAAAGUAAAUAGUAAUCAAUUAUUAUAGUAUAUUGGCCUAGGUG